UUGUGCACAACAACUUCCAAUCAGUCAGUGGUGGUGGAUUUGUGGCUGAGGACAUUUGCACGCCAUAGAGAAAUAAAGGACAAAAAACCAAAAGGACUGAGACUAAAUAGGGGUAACAAUGCGAUUGAGGAGGAGAGGGAGCGACCACCUCCCCAACCUCCCUCACACCACUCCAAUCACCAGUUUGCCAGCAUGAAGAAUAAGUUCUUCAAUGAGCUUACACACCUGCCAAAUCAUAAACUCAAGAUGCCCAUGUGGGCUGUGGGAGGCAUCGUGGUUGUAGUCCUUGCCCUUGUUGGGUGUAUGAUAUUCUGCAUCUACAAAAAGUGCUUCAACAAAGGCAAGAAACCCAAGAAGGUCCGUGAAAGAAAAGGAGGACGAGGGCGCAGGAAGAAGGACAAAGAUGGAGAGGAUGGAGAUGAUAAGAAGGACGGAGAGGACGGAAAAGAUGAAGAGGAGAAGGAGUCCUUGGGCAAACUGGAGUACUCACUGGAUUAUAACUUUACUGAUAACCAGCUGAUAGUGGGCAUCCUUCAGGCUCAGGACCUUCCAGCUAUGGACAUGGGUGGGACCUCUGACCCCUAUGUGAAAGUUUAUAUGCUGCCAGACAAGAAAAAGAAGUUUGAAACCAAAGUCCAGCGCAAAAACCUCUGCCCUGUGUUCAAUGAGACAUUCACCUUUAAGAUACCCUACAGUGAGUUGGGUGGACAAAUUCUGGUGUUGCAAGUUUUUGACUUUGAUCGGUUUGGUAAACACGAUGUCAUCGGUGAAAUCAAAAUCCCCAUGAACAGUAUAGACCUUGGACAACCGAUACAUGAAUGGAAGGAUCUGGUUGGAGGAGAAAAAGAGGAGCAAGAGAAGCUGGGGGAUAUCUGCAUUUCCCUACGUUAUGUCCCCACAGCUGGUAAGCUGACAGUGAACAUCAUGGAGGCCAAGAAUCUGAAGAAAAUGGACGUCGGUGGACUGUCAGAUCCCUUUGUCAAAGUGGUGUUGCAGUGCAAUGGCAAGCGACUCAAGAAAAAGAAGACAACCGUCAAACAAAACACUCUGAAUCCUUAUUUCAAUGAGAGCUUUAGUUUUGAGAUCCCCUUCUCCCAAAUCCAGAAAAUCCAGGUGCUCAUCACAGUCUAUGAUUACGACAAACUGGGCAGCAAUGAUCCCAUCGGCAAGUGCUGGAUCGGCUAUGGGGCCUCAGGUGUUGGGCUCCGCCAUUGGUCAGACAUGCUGGCCAAUCCUAGACGGCCUGUGGCCCAGUGGCACACAUUGCUGCCUGAGGAAGAAGUGGAUGCUGCUCUCAAGGCCCCCAUUCGCUAAUCACACUUCACGUUUUAUAUAUAUCUAUAUAUAUGUAUAGAUAUAUAUAUAUAGGCACAGCAGUAUCUGUACUAAAGAAGUUUCCUUCUUCUUUGAAAAAGCAAAACCACUGUAGGUCUAACUUGAAUAGUUACUUUCAUUGUGCUUGAAUCAUUUUCACACCAUCCUUAGUUGACUCUGGAACAAUUCACUUUUGGAUCUCUUUGUAUGUUGGCUUCAUAUUUACUGAACUCGUAAUUUAAACUUGCUUAUAAGCAGGUAUAAACACAGCCCAGUUUUAUUUUUUACAACUGAAUGUUGAUAUGUGUACUUAUGCAUGCCCAAACUGCACAGACCAACUGACUGAUUCGACAGUGACUUUGUUAAAAAGAAUGAUUAAAACGGAUUUUUGUCCAGAUUUCUUAGAAACCCCCUUUUAUCAUGAUUGUUUCAUCUAAAAUGCUGACUAAGAUGGCUUAGCCAUGCUGAUCUAUUACCCAGUUUUCCAUGGACAUCUUAUCACGUUGGUAUUCAUCACAAUAACUAUGUGACUGACUGUUUUUUUUAGGUUGUACUUGAAAUAUUUCAACUGAUAUCACUUUCAGCAAUUACUCCACCCACCUUUUCUGGCUGCCUUUGCUGGCUAGAAAUGGAAAAGGCCUCGGGCUGUGUUUUCUCAUACUUUGUCAUCAACGAAAACAAAUCCACAAGUCAGAGUGUGAUGUUCUAGAUAAAACAAGAUCAGUGUGCACAGUUUGCCCAUUUAAAAACAAGGAAAAAUACCAACAGAUCUUUUUUGUUAGACACAGACCAAAAAUGACUCUUAAGCUGAGAUAUUGGUCCUCCUCUGUACUUUAUUUGACAUUUUCCUCUUGUCUGUCCCAGUCCACUUGUAUUUCUUGUAGUUUGUCACAGGUUUUUGCUUAUUAAUAAUGUUUCUUCAUCUGUGUUUGGAUGAAAGGACCUAUUGCUUGGAAAAUGUUGUGUGUCCACACCAAAGUGUGUGUAUGUGUUUGUUCGUGUGGUAUUGUAUAUUUAAUCAAAAAAUGUAAAUCUUUUUGUUUUACUUUCUGUUCAUAUGAGGUGACUGUAAAUACACACACAGUGUGAAAUAAAUGACAGAUGGCCUGGUGGACAGAUGGAUUUGUGUCUUUGCCUACAUGGCUUUGCUUGAUAUUCUUUCAUCUGUACAUGAUGAAAGUCAAACACACAGUCAAAUAAAUUCAUGAUUUAGAGUUAAUAUUACAGUAAAUUAUAACAUUCCAUACCAUAAACUGUAUGAUAUCACGCUUUCCAAAAUUAGAUUAUAUAAACUAAUACCACCAGUGAGGAUGUGACUCUGAACUGACUGACUCCAACCUUGAACUAAUCAUUCU